UGGGAGGGUUUAAGUAGCGCCGAUAUGGCGAUGUGCGGGAUGGGAAUGGAAGACAAACUGCAUAAAUGCUCACAGUGGGUGAUCCAGCACAUGGAGUAUCGUUUGUGCAACAGCAAGGAUGGAGUUUCACUGGCUAUCGGGGCCUUGAGUGUGCUCAGUUGGGUGGUGGCUGAGAUUCCCUAGAUCAUUACCAACUUCAGGGCAAUUGAAAAGAGAGUGGAGGAUACCUAUACCAUGGAGAACAAUACAAGUAAUCAUGUCAAUGGCUUACCGGUGGAAAAUACAUUCCUGCGCUUGGCCCUCUUCAUAGCUCACCAAUUCCCCUGCCAAUUCAAUUGGUGCUAACAGUGCAUCACAUAUCCUUGGAAAGAGAUUCAUAUUACAUGUCUGACAGAUAUCUAUCACUAAGCGACACUCUUCCAAUUGGGCCUUUUCCACCACACAGAAUACUUGUUACAGAUAAUGAGCAGGAUUCUAUUACUACGCCAUUGCUCGGUCAAGCGGUUCCAGCUCAAUCUUCACCUUCUCUCAAAACAAAAAGCAUGCUUUGCGCGGCUUCCUUAUUCGCCUUCUUUGUUGGUGGCUGGAAUCACCACAAAACAAAGAACAUCAAUAGUGCAUUUUCUCCAACAAAUUGGAAGGGUCUUGCUGCUCGGUAGAAAGCUCCUACAGGAGAACGGUGCAUUUUCGCUUAAUAGCCAGUCCAUCCAUAAUAAUUGGGUUGAGCAGGUCUUGGGUGGCAAUGGCAGUCAGUUACAUUGGCGGACGUCCCCCACAAAUUCUCUUAAGUUUCAGGGGUAAAUGUUGAUGGGCUAAAUCCACUAAUAUUUAUGUUUGCACUGUUCGGAAGCAUUACAUACAUCGCUAGCAUUCUUGUUAGCAACUUGAAUUGGUCAAAAAUUGGACCAAACUUGCCAUGGCUGGUUGAUACAAGUGGUUGUGUACUCCUUGGUACCUUUAUACUAAUUCAGUGGUUCAAUUAUCGUCGCCAUCAGGUAAGACAUGAAGUAGACAUUAAGCAUGACAAUGGCAGCCUGUAGAAUUUUUCC